AUGGGGAGGGGGCAUCAGCCAUGGCCCAGCCGUGUCCCGGAGGCUGCCAGGCCGCCCGCUCUGCAGACCCGGCACCCCGGCGGGACCGACCCCUGGCUCAGGAAGGCAGCCCGGGGCUCUGAGUGCCCGAGUGGGGGCAGGAAGGCGGGGCCCAGGGAGACGGGCCCCAUGCUGACGCGGGGUGCAGGGCCGGCCUCGGACUCUGCUCAAGGGCUCUGGAUCAAUCAGCGCCCCCAGGGCCCCAGCCGCGCCCUCCCGGCCCCUCCUGAGCCCUCCCGAGGCUGGAGCCAAAACGAGGAGCGGGAGGCGGCCCCUUACCUGGCAGCGAGAGCAGACCCAGCACCCAAGGCCAGACGCCGCCCAUGCUCCCCACGGCGCACCCCACUCCCCCAGCUGCAAGUGGACCCGCCCGCGGGACAGAGCCUCGGGGCAGCGCCGCCGCUCCCCUUAAGUAGCAGCUGCGAGGCCUCACCUGCCGCCCCGCCCAACAGCCGCCACCUGCGCCCCCCCCCCCCGCAGGAGGCCCCGCCCCCACGUGGGCCGCACCCCGCCCACCGUGACCCCGCCCCCUCUCACCUGCGCCCAGCCCUUCACACAGGUGACUCCGCCCUCUCUCACCUGCGCCCAGCCCCUGCCCCCUGCGGCCGCGCCCCUCCCACCUGUAGCCCCUCCCUGCCCCCCACCGAGUCCCCCAGCCCCUGGUCCAGUCCUUCCUGGCCAAACUGGCCGAUGCCCAGCCGCCACGCGAGCACGGCUCAGGGGAUGCCCCCCAACUGGACACAGCGGGGCAAGUGGCACCCCGAGGGGCCCGACCUGCUGGGCACCUGGACCUCCCAGCGAAGCCCGAGCCGGGUCCCCAGCUACUGCCUGGCCUCCUCCCGGCGUCCUGCCGAGCCUGGGGUCCAGUGUUCCCGAAAGAACAUCCUGGAAAAGGCAAAACUACAGCGACAGCAAAAAGGCCAGGGGCUGCCGGGGAGGGAGGAGGGCGGCAGGGCCCUCAGGAGCUCUGGGGUGGGGGGCAAGGCAGAUGCUGCUGCCAGCCGGGAAGGUGCUGGGGAGCAGGGCUGCCACGGGCCCAGCCAGGACGGGCCCUCGGACCUGGGGGCGCGAGGGUGUACUCGCCACACGUGA